UUUAGAAGUGACGUGCGCUGUCCUGUCAGCCUGGUGAGACGUGACCAAUAGGAGAGCUCAGCGCGUACACUUCCGGUCUCUCGCUGACGGUGUCCAAUAAAAAUUUUGGAAGGGCGGGGCUUAUUGUGAAGAUUGACAGCUGCAAUAACCAAUCCGUGUUUAGCUCCACGUCGGCAAGACUGAUGAAGAUGGACGCGGUAGUGUUGGACCCAUCCCUUUACACAGUAAAAGCUGUGCUCAUAUUAGACAAUGAUGGAGAGCGGCUGUUUGCUAAGUACUAUGAUGAGACCUAUCCCUCGGUGAAGGAGCAGAAGGCUUUUGAAAAGAACAUCUUCAAUAAAACGCAUCGGACGGACAGUGAAAUUGCUCUCCUGGAGGGCCUGACUGUGGUGUAUAAGAGCAGCAUUGACUUGUACUUCUAUGUCAUUGGAAGCUCCCAUGAAAAUGAGCUCAUGCUGAUGGCUGUCCUAAACUGCCUCUUUGACGCAUUAAGUCAGAUGCUGAGGAAAAACGUUGAAAAGAGAACACUGCUUGAGAAUAUGGAAGGGUUGUUCCUGGCGGUUGAUGAGAUUAUAGAUGGCGGUGUCAUUUUGGAAAGUGACCCCCAGCAAGUGGUUCAUCGUGUUGCCUUGAGGGGUGACGAUGUGCCUCUCACGGAACAAACCGUCUCACAGGUGCUGCAGUCUGCAAAAGAGCAAAUAAAGUGGUCUCUGUUACGAUAGCUGUUCAUUCCAAACGAAGACCUGAUCAUUCCAUCUUGAUGGCAGGGCUUGCCCUAGUCCCACCUUCGCUCAAUUGUUUUGUUUUUAUACUAUAAAAAACUUACGUUUAGGGCAAUGGCACUGAUACACAUUCAUCAUCAUUUGCAUCAAAAAAGGGAUAAUAACUGGUGGCACUGCGCGUGUAUUUCUGGAAUGUUAUGCCUUCUUACUAGAAAAACCUUUCUUUCAAGUUCCUUGUCCUAGAAUCUUUUACAGGUUUAUCCUGUGUGUGUGAACAGUGUACCUCCUUCUUGCUGCCCUGCUAAGAAAACUAUUACACCAUAUUAUAGCUGUAUAAAUAUAAAUAGAAUAUUGAUUCUAAAUUAUGUUUUAUCUCCUGUAUUUGCAUAUUCUUUGUUCUACCCAUGCAGGGCCUAACUGUUUUACAUCAGCAGCUCACAGUCUGGGACUGGCAACAGAUUACUGUUUAGAAGUAAAUUUUUGCAAGGUGACCAAGGGGACCAAUAAAGGAAGGCACAGAUAUAAAGUCUAUGGACACUUAAGAUUGCAAUAUAAUUUUAUUAUUCGUUGUACUUAUUAUGGUGCAAAAACAUUUUCCCAUAUGUGUGUAUUCAAAUUUUUGCUCAGUUUCUCUUUUUGUUUUCACAUAUAGUACAGACUGCUUUAUCCCAUUCAAAGUGAAAUCUGUCAGAGGAGCUGCGUGAUGGCUUGGUCUCCUCCUCUUUUGGCUCCUAAACAUUUUUCUAAGCUAAUCUUUGACCAGAUGAAAGGUUAGCUUUGGUCAUAAAUAGGCUAAGUAGAUCAUUUUAGGAGAGGAGAGAAAGGAUCAGUAGUAAAACGGAGCACAUUUAUGUAUUCUGGUAUUAAAAAAAAAAAAAACUCCAGAAGUACAAUGCAAUAAUAAACUAAACUUGCAUUCAAAGGUGUCUGUAGCCUGAAGGGCAAUAUUGUUUCUGUUGCUUUAACAACUGGUGUUGUUCUGCCUUACACUUUGUAAUGUGCUGUACAAAUCAGACCUAUACAACAAUUAAUAAAUUACUGACAGAA